UAUUUAUUUAUUGGAGAUGCAGCUUCUGAUCAAACCGAUGUGAUUGGAGUUUGAAAGGAUGAGACAGCAUAGAAAAUUUAUAGUGGCACUCAGCAGGCCUCAGACAUUAAAAACCCUUUGUCAUGGCAUUAUUUUCUUAAUUGCUCUACAUUUUCUGAUCAAGUUUGAGCAAAUAAAACAAAAUGGGGCAUUUUAUGACAUUGACAUUCCAGUGGAACCCGACUUUGUGCCUUUAGGAAUAAGGGAACCAGAGGCUUUUCCAACAGAUGGCAAUGUAAGGAUUCCUCAUAUAAUACAUCAGACUUGGAAAACUGAGGAUAUUCCUAGUAAAUUUUCAAAGUGGGUUCAAACAUGGGUCAAAAACCAUCCCGACUGGACAUAUUAUUUGUGGACAGAUAAAAGUGCAAGACAGCUCAUUAAAGAAAGGCAUCCAUAUUUGUUAAACAUCUUUGAUAGUUAUACUGAAGGGAUACGAAGAGCUGAUGCAUUGCGAUAUGUAAUAAUGUAUGAAUUUGGGGGGAUUUAUGCUGAUAUGGAUUUAGAAAGUUUAAAAUCUCUCGAGCCUUUUACAAAGAAAUAUGCAUGCUUUGUAUCACAAGAGCCAUAUGAACACCCUCUUCUAGAUGGGAACUUUGAAAAUUUGGUGAUAAAUGCAAUACUUGGCUGUAGACCAAAGCAUCCUUUCAUGAAGAAAUUGAUGGACAAACUGCCCUCUUUCCGUCACAUGUGGAAUGUCCUGGAUAGCACAGGACCUCAUUUUGUAACAUCAGUAUACAGAGAUUUCAAGGGAGAAUACUCAUACCCAGAUGUGCAUGUGAAUGGAACUUACUUAGCUCCAGCUGAGUAUUUCUUCCCAACUAUUGAUCCUGCAAAGUUUUUCCAUUUUUAUAACCAAUGCAAGAAAUGGAAGCAAAUUAGUGAAAAUCAACAGAAAGCAUGUAAAACACUUAAAAUCUUAGGAGCAAAGAGAAAGCCUCUGCCAUUUUCUUUCACAGAUCAUCACUGGGAACACACAUACAUUGACCUUAGACUCUCUUUGAAAGGACCAGUAAACAUAUAUACUCUAAUACCAAAUGCUAAAAUAUACCCCCUUAUUAUUUAACAAUCUUGGAUUUAUUUAUAAACUGGAGCCAUAGCCUGAAAAACUGGUUUAGGCAUAAUAAAAAAUGUGUUUGUUUACGGUUACCCAACCGACCCUAUAUUUAAUCGCCGACUCAAAUUUUUUUCGUCAUAAAAAUCCCGAAGUCACUCGCCAGUCAGUUUAACUUGUACAUGCAUCUUAAUCAGUCAAGCAUUUGAAGUCAAAAAUUGAAAGUACUAACAAAAAAGCACCGCAUAAUGGUGUUUUGUAUUUCAACCAAUGUGAAUUUGUGUAUAAAAAAAUUCAGUAAAAUAAAUAAAAAAAAUCCUACCUACCGACCCUAUUUUAUUUCAGCAUGUAACAGUAAACAAACAUAUUUUUUUGUUUGGCCUUACGUGAACAUUUUCAUAUUUGAAGUGUACCAGAAGUUGUUCCAUACGUUUCAUCCUUGGCACACUAAGAGUCAUGAAAUAAUUCAAAGUAACAAAUGAAUCAAA